UACGUCACGUUGCGGCAUCGGUAAUACAAAAAAAAAAAACAGUUUGUUGAAAUGUAGUCUGACGUAGGCUUCUCAAGCUAACGGACAGAUAUGAUGUAAUUUCUUUAGCGUUUGUGUCUUUUUCCCGGUGCUGCAGUCGGUCGGUCACGCAGCGCGCGGAGGAAGUCAGAACAGCAGCAUGACAUGUGCAAGUGACGAACUAGCGAUAUAUAGCGUGCUUUGAAACUGUCGGUGACGCACGCGAACGGGUAAAUAACCGUCCGUUUGGAGCGGAGACUCGUUGAAGACGCUAGCUAGCGGCACGGAUGGCUUUAUGGGAGGGAAAGGAUUCGCUGUCGUUGGGGGUAAUGGGAUCUGUGCGGUUAUAUGCAGCCCGUCGGUAGGGCAGAGCAAAACCAUACUGCAACUGAAAGCACCGGGAUCUCUCUCCAUCGGCACAUUAUAAUAUAACCGCCGGACAUUUAGGCGUUUGCGUCGCUGUGUUCGGGCUUUCAGGUGGGAUAUCACACGUCGGGCUGCAGAUGGCCUUUAAUAUCGGUCAAAUGAAGUAAUUUGAAGCCCAUACUUCAGUCCCCGUGUGCAGUCUUGAGCGUGUGAUGAUAGGAGACACAAUGACGCUUUUGUCUCUUUUGGGUCGCAUCAUGCGUUAUUUCUUGCUCAGGCCAGAGACCUUGUUUCUGUUGUGUAUAAGCUUGGCCCUUUGGAGUUACUUCUUCCACACGGACGAGGUGAAAACCAUCGUUAAGUCUAGCCGGGAUGCCGUGAAGAUGGUGAAGGGGAAAGUGGCGGAGAUGAUGAUGAACGACAGGCUCGGUGGUCUGGAUGUGCUGGACGCGGAGUUCUCCAAGACAUGGGAGUUCAAGAACAACAAUGUCGCGGUGUACUCGAUACAGGGCCGAAGAGACCACAUGGAGGACCGCUUCGAGGUCCUCACCGACCUGGUCAACAGGAGCCACCCUUCAAUCUUUGCCAUUUUUGACGGACACGGCGGGGAGGCGGCUGCUGAUUAUGUGAAGGCCCACCUGCCCGAGACUCUGAAACAGCAGCUGCAGGCCUACGAGCGGGAAAAGAAAGACAGCUCUCUCUCCCAUCCCUCCAUCCUAGAGCAGCGCAUUCUGGCUGUGGACCGGGACAUGGUGGAAAAGUUCUCUGCCUCUCAUGAUGAAGCAGGCACAACAUGUUUGGUGGCCUUGUUGUCAGACCGUGAACUGACUGUGGCAAAUGUUGGAGACUCGCGCGGCGUUCUCUGCGACAAGGACGGCAACGCUGUGGCCUUGUCACAUGAUCACAAGCCUUACCAGCUGAAGGAGCGCAAGAGGAUCAAGAGAGCCGGUGGCUUCAUCAGUUUCAACGGUUCUUGGCGUGUGCAAGGCAUCCUGGCCAUGUCGCGCUCGCUGGGUGACUACCCUCUGAAGAACUUGAAUGUGGUCAUCCCAGACCCAGAUAUCUUGACCUUUGACCUGGACAAGCUCCAGCCGGAGUUCAUGAUCCUCGCCUCGGACGGCCUGUGGGACGCGUUCAGCAACGAGGAGGCCGUGCGCUUCGUGCGGGAACGCUUGGACGAGCCGCACUUCGGCGCCAAGAGCAUCGUCCUGCAGUCGUUCUACCGCGGCUGCCCCGACAACAUCACCGUCAUGGUGGUGAAGUUCAAGAGCAGCUCUGGGACAAAAACUGGAGAGUAGUUUUACUCCACCAAUAAACAGCCUUGAUUGUCUAUCCAUUAUUGCAUAUCGCUAGAUGGUGUAAUGUAAGAGACAAACCUUUUUUCUCACAAUUACAAUAAACUGGCACACAUAAGCAUGUGCAAACA